CAAACUAAUUCACCACACCGACUGUGAGCCACAGGGCAUCAUCAUCCUUCUUGUUUUGGGAACGUGCGUCUACUGGAUUAUUAUCUGCCUAUCUGUGCUUUGACUCUGGCUGCUCUUGUUAUCAUGACAGUUUUAACUUGAGACAAAAUCAUCUUUUUUGUUGUGCUUUUUUUUUUUGGUGGAAGAAGAUUGUUUUUCAAACUCAAGCUUCAAACUUCAAUGCCAGGUCCUGCAAAGAUGAUCAAAAACGGAAUGGUGACUAAAAUCCACACGAGGAUAAGAAGCGACCCUUUAACAGCCAAUUACGAGCUGGUGGGCAGAGAGCUGGGCAGGGGAAAGUUUGCGGUGGUGAAGAAGUGCAUCGAGAAGGCAACGGGGAAGCAGUGCGCUGCCAAGUUCCUGCGAAAGCGACGGAAGGGCGAGGACUGCCGCAUGGACAUCUUAAACGAGAUCGCCGUGCUGGAGUCCGCCAAGGCCAACCCCUAUGUGGUGGCGCUGCAUGAGGUCUACGAAACCAACUCUGAAAUCAUCCUCGUUCUGGAGUGCGCCGCCGGUGGUGAAAUCUUCAAUCAGUGUGUCGCCGAUAACGACGAUGCCUUCACGGAGAGAGACGUGAUCCGGCUGGCCAAGCAGAUCCUGAACGGAGUGGCCUUCCUGCAUCGGAACAACGUGGUGCACCUGGAUCUGAAACCCCAGAACAUCUUGCUGACGUGCGCCCAACCUCUGGGGGACAUUCGCAUCGUGGACUUUGGCUUGUCCAGACGCAUGGACAAAAUCACAGAAGUCAGGGAGAUCCUGGGCACCCCGGAGUAUGUUGCACCAGAGAUCCUGAACUAUGAACCCAUUAGCACGGCGACAGACAUGUGGAGUAUCGGGGUCCUGAUCUACGUCAUGCUGACGGGCGAGUCUCCCUUCCUGGGUGACGAGAAGCAGGAGACGUUCCUCAACAUCUCCCAAGUCAACGUCGACUACUCGCAGGACACGUUCGAGGGGAUCUCCCCCCCGGCUGUCGACUUCAUCAAGUCCUUGCUGGUUAAAAACCCCAGGAAGAGAGCCACGGCAGAAGAAUGCCUUAACCACCUCUGGCUGAACUCGCUCCCUCAUCCCAACUCCCACCCGCACCUCCACGCCAUGACAGCCUCCUCGUUGGACGACCCGGAGACGAGCCAGUCGGAGUCGGAGCCCGAGAGCCCGGCGCCCUCCCCCGACCUGGACUUGAUCGAGGCGUACCUCGUGUGCCCGGGGAAGGCUGGGCUGAAGACGGGCCGCGACGCCUUCUCCUUCAGCGAGCCGCCGUUUCCCACGCGUCCUGAGAUAAAGCAGGAGCUGAUCUGCUGAGCGACGUUUCGCAGGUGGAGAGAGAGAAGACUGAACGCUGAGAGCCAGUGAGCCUGCAGCUUCUCGGUCUUGACGUGACUCAGGGCCGCGCUAUAUGGAUGCUGUAUGCCUGGCUGCUUCUACUGCUGUGAUGUCUGUGAGCAGGGCUGUGUGUAGUUUGAUACCUCUGCAUGUGUGUGAAUAAUGACACACUUCUCCGUGCUGAUUUAUGAUUGUACGGAAGGAAUGUGAGCCGAAGAUGGAGGAGAAAGGAUUUUUUCCAUCGCAGGACUGCACCGCUGCCUUUUAAAAGUGACGGGGCUCAGCUUAACACUGUUGCUAGUUCACCCCUGCACGCACACUGGUUUCUCUUUUUACCCAAUUAGCCUUUUGAACUGGGUUUCAGAGACGAGGCAGCCUUGGGGAAAUGACUUCACUCACUGCGUGCUCUCAUCAAGACACGUUAUGCUUCAACCGACCCUUCUGUGUUGAAGGGUUUUGACAGAUGGUUGUGCUUAACGAAACAAACUGUUUUGUAUGACUUAUUUAUGUUUGUUAUACCACUUCACGCCCUUAAAUACACAAAACCACAUCAAUGUUUGGAAAUGGUAGCAUUCUUUUCUUUUUUAAGGACAAUCUUAAGCACUUUUUUAUUUAGUUAUUGGACUUCCAUGUUCUAGUAAGAAACCAAAGGUGAUUCAAGCGCAGUCGAGCUGUCACACAAUGUACUGUACAUAUUAACCAUUCUCCCGCCACUCACUGUUUUUGUCACAUUGCCUUUAUUCACAAAGUGCCACCUUUUUCAACCUCACUUGUGUGUUUUGUUUUGUUGGCUAUUGCACAAGUUGCACAAGUUUUUGUUUUUUUUAACUGCGAGGUUGCCGCUAAAUUUCAGGCUCUUCAAAUAUUCUGAAAACAUCAGUCUUGGAAGGAGGGAACGGCAGGGGUCUGAAAGCAACGCAUCCGUUUUGUUGUGAGAAUUGUAAUUGAUGAACACGGUCAACUGAAGAUUUGUAUAAAUAUGUGAUGUUUGCCUUCAAAUGCUCGGGAGCAGAGAAAUUGGAAAGAAUUUCUCUAACAAGUACUGAAAUGUAUAUUGUGAUAGUAUUAAGAUUAAUCUGUAAAAUAUUUGAUGUUUUUUUUUUUUACGAGUGUAUGAAUGUUAACAUCAUUAUAUCAUGUCUUAUUUUAUACUUAAACUUUUACUUAUUCCUGUUGUUUUCUGACAGGUUUGCACUUGUCCUUGUGGACGUUAUGUCAAAAUGAAUAAAUGUUGAUGGCAUGCAUUGCAAAAUGUAACGAAGAAAAAUACAGGUGCAUUUUGUAUCAAACUC